CAUUCGAAAUAUAUACACCCCCAAAUACUCUCUAAACGACAUACUUGCUCUCUAUUUUCUCUCUCUAAAUUUACACUUCAUUCGGCUCCCGUGAGUCACUUGAAACUUCUCCGGCUACCAUCGGAUUUCCCCUUGAAUUUAAGGUUACUGACUUCUUCGCUUAGUAGUUGCUAACGGAGUAGGUGAAGUUCACAACGCGUUUUGGAGUAAAAGGGUAACCUUCCGCUUAUUGGAUGUUUUCGAUUGCUUAAGUUUUUUGUUCAUAGGUCACUUCUAACGAGAGGGUUGGGGGAAUGCUCCAAUAUCCCCUAGUAAUUACUAUUUGAAGAUGUGGACCAUCUCUUUUGAAUUAUGGUGACUAGGUUCUUUUCCAUUACUUUGUGAUGCAACUAGCUUAACCAAAAAUAUCUGACCUUACGGAAGCUUAAUCAAAAGGGAUGAAGAGUUGCACUUUCAUCUUAUGGUAAAAUGUUUAGUGAAAUUUUGGUUGAUUUUGAUUAAGCAAUUUUUGUAAUAUAAUAAAUAUGAUACCAGGAAGUUUCAUAAAAAGAUAGACAUAGUGACACAUUAAUUUGAUGUUUUUUCUUCAUGUGCACCUAUAGAUUUCUUGAAGUCCCAAAAAAUUUGCUUUGGGAAUGAUGAGGAAAGUGAUAUUGUAAAGUGAUUGCGAGGAGACCAAGUAAUGAUAAAAAAGUGGCAUUCUGGAUGAUUUUUUUUUUCAAAUUGUCAGUUGUGCAAUCAUUCUAUAGUUCCCGAGUUAUUUUCAAUCUUGAAUUUAAGCAUUCUGGUACUGUUUAUCUUCCUUUAAAAGCGUUUAUAGCAUCCAGUUCCAUCAGCCAAUUAACAAGCGGCAGUCCAUGGAAAAAUCUAAUACAAGUUUGUGAACUGUAGACAACCAUAUUCUUUUAUAAUUGUCACUCUAGUUAUUAAGGUUGGUUCGUUAGAUAGUGUUUGUGAUAGCUUACAAACUUGACAAUCAUCAUGAGUUAUUUUCAAUCUUGAAUUUAAGCAUUCUGGUACUGUUUAUCUUCCUUUAAAAGCGUUUAUAGCAUCCAGUUCCAUCAGCCAAUUAACAAGCGGCAGUCCAUGGAAAAAUCUAAUACAAGUUUGUGAACUGUAGACAACCAUAUUCUUUUAUAAUUGUCACUCUAGUUAUUAAGGUUGGUUCGUUAGAUAGUGUUUGUGAUAGCUUACAAACUUGACAAUCAUCACGUGUCAUGUGGAAACUUGGUGUUUAUGUCAUGAUGUAAUAUUUGUAAUGGUGGUCUUUGAUAUAAUUUUUAAACAUAAGCUGCAUGUUUCCUUUCUGGUUCUACUGUGAUCUGUUUUGAUUCUUUUUCUCAACUGUGUUUUUGGCUCAUCUUGUAUCCGGAAAGUAAAUUCUGGAACUAUGUUUAAAGAUUUCUGCCAAAUAUGAUAAAAUAAUUGAUUGUAAUUCUUCUAUUUUUUUGAAUAGGAAAAAAUGGCUGUGGAGAUCACGGAAUUUCUAUUAUCUGCUCAAUCAGCAGAUGCAAAGGUCCGAACCGAGGCAGAGAGUAGACUUCGGCAGUUCCAGGAGCAAAACCUUCCUGGAUUCCUUCUGUCUUUAUCACUAGAACUCUCCAAUGAUGGUAAACCUCUGGAGUCUCGUAGAUUGGCUGGUAUUGUGCUCAAGAACUCUUUGGAUGCUAAGGAUGCUACUACAAAGGAACAUUUAGUGCAGCGGUGGGUGUCAAAUGAUGUUGCAUUCAGAUCCCAAAUCAAAGGCUUGCUGUUGAAUACUCUUGGUUCAUCUGUGUCCGAGGCAGGGCACACUGCUGCCCAAGUAAUUGCCAAAAUUGCUUCGAUAGAAAUUCCAAAAAAAGAAUGGCCUGAACUCAUUAGUUCGUUGCUUGGAAAUAUGACUCAACAAGAUAGGCCAGCAUCAUUGAAACAAUCAACUUUGGAGGCACUUGGGUAUGUCUGUGAGGAGAUAUCUCACAAUGAUCUUGUCCAAGAUGAGGUUAACUCUGUUCUCACUGCUGUAGUCCAAGGCAUGAAUGUUACUGAGCAGAGUUCUGUACGUCUUGCAGCAUCUACAGCACUAUACAAUGCUCUUGAUUUUGCACAGACCAAUUUUGAAAAUGAGAUGGAGAGGAACUACAUAAUGAAAGUUGUUUGUGAAACUGCCAUGGCCAAGGAAGCAGACAUCAGACAGGCUGCUUUUGAAUGUCUUGUUUCAAUAGCAUCAACAUACUAUGACGUGCUGGAGCCUUAUAUGCAGACCCUUUUUGAACUAACUGCAAAUGCCGUCAAAGGAGAUGAGGAAAGUGUUGCUCUUCAAGCAAUUGAAUUCUGGAGUUCUAUCUGUGAUGAAGAGAUUGAGCUUCAAGACUUUGAUGGUGGUGAGAGUGGGGAUUCAUACCCUCAUUCACGUUUCAUUGAGAAGGCUCUACCGUUGUUGGUUCCCAUGUUGCUUGAAACUUUAUUGAAGCAGGAUGAAGAUCAGGACCAAGACGAUGGUAUUUGGAAUCUCUCCAUGGCAGGGGGAACAUGCCUUGGUCUUGUUGCCAGAACUGUUGGGGAUGCGAUAGUACCCUUAGUAAUGCCUUUUGUGCAGGAUAACAUAUCAAAGCCAGAUYGGCGAUCUCGUGAGGCAGCUACAUAUGCAUUUGGAUCAAUUCUUGAAGGCCCAAGUGUUGAGAAGCUCUCCCCAAUGGUCCUCUCUGCAUKAGAAUUUCUGYUUAAUGCUWUGAGGGAUCAAAAUAGCCAUGUGAAAGACASCACUGCAUGGACUCUCAGCCGUAUUUUUGAGUURUUACACAGUCCGGCCACUGGAUUUUCUGUUAUUUCAYMUGCUAACCUUCAACGAAUUGURGGGGUCCUUUUAGAAAGUAUCAAGGAUUCUCCCCAUGUUGCAGAGAAGGUCUGUGGGGCUAUUUAUUAUCUUGCUCAGGGAUAUGAGGGUUUUGAAACURGCUCCUCUGUUCUCACACCAUAUGUURYAGAUGUCAUAACUUCUCUUAUUGCAACUGCUGAACGAACAGAUGUCAAUGAUUCAAAGUUGAGGUCAGCUGCAUAUGAAACCUUGAAUGAGGUUGUGAGGUGCUCCAACCUUGCUGAAACAUCUCAAAUAAUAACACAACUUCUCCCUGUUAUCAUGACCAAGCUGGGACAGACAAUCGAUCUUCAGAUUCUUUCAUCAGAAGAUAGAGAAAAGCAAGGAGAUCUACAAGCUUUGCUUUGUGGUGUCUUGCAAGUUAUUAUUCAGAAACUUAGCAGUAUUGAUGAAACUAAGCCGGUUAUAUUUCAAGCUGCAGACCAGAUUAUGAUGUUAUUCCUCAAGGUGUUUGCUUGCCGUAGCUCAACAGUACAUGAAGAAGCAAUGCUUGCCAUUGGUGCUCUUGCUUAUGCCACUGGACCAGAAUUUGGGAAGUAUAUGCCAGAGUUCUACAAAUAUUUGGAGAUGGGUCUUCAAAAUUUCGAGGAAUACCAGGUUUGUUCCAUCUCCGUUGGGGUGGUUGGUGAUAUAUGCCGUGCUUUGGAUGACAAGAUGUUACCUUAUUGUGAUAAUAUCAUGACACUGCUCCUUAAGGAUCUCUCUAGUGGUGAUCUACACCGCUCUGUCAAGCCUCCAAUUUUUUCGUGCUUUGGUGAUGUGGCCCUUGCUAUUGGGGAACACUUUGAAAAGUAUGUUCCUUAUGCUAUGCCCAUGAUGCAAGGAGCUGCUGAAGUGUGUGCCCAAAUAGACAUCAAUGACGAAGAGAUGGUGGAAUAUGGCAAUCAGCUCAAGCGAAGUAUAUUUGAGGCAUACUCGGGUAUCUUACAAGGAUUUAAAAAUUCCAAGGCUGAGCUAAUGUUGCCUCAUGCUCCACACCUCUUGAAGUUCAUAGAAGUGUCUGUUAAGGAUGCACAAAGGGAUGAGAGUGUGGUAAGAGCAGCGGUAGCAGUGCUGGGAGAUCUUGCAGAUGCACUUGGAUCACAUGUGAAGAUGCUAUUCAAAGAUUUGGCAUUUUGUAGCGAACUACUAGGAGAAUGCCUUCAAUCUGAAGACGAACAGCUCAAGGAGACGGCGACUUGGACUCAAGGGAUGAUCGGGCGUGUAUUUUCGGUAUGCGGGUAA